GUUUCACUACGGCGGAAAUAGUGGACGCACUGCUCCACAACGUGACCUCCGAGCGAGCUGCAGGGAAGCGCGGCGAGUUUCCUGAGAUGAAGUGACCAAAACAAGCCUGUUACUCUGCCCGGCGCGCCCUCACCGCGGCAGUCGGUCCCUGUUCGGUUCCCUGAUCAUAAAGCCCUGUGAUGUUAGCAGCCUAGCUCACCUGUCUGUCUCUCCUCUGCUCUGAAGCUCCUCUGCCAUGAUCUUCCUCAGGGUUCGUGUUGUGGGUGUGCUGAGGAGGUGCUGCUGCUGCUCUCCUCAGGCUUCUGCGCUUGUGAAACUUCGUAACCCUAGUUUGCCGACGUCCACUUACCCCUCAGCAGUUACUACAAGCAGAGCCUUGAGUACCAGCUGGACUCUGAGGAAAGAUGCCCCUCAGCCUCAGGACGUGGACGCAAGACAUGAGCUGGACUUGGAUGUGUGGAAGUCGGUGAUGCGAUCACAAGCUUUGCAAGAGGAGAAACGCAAGGAUGGAGAAGACAGAGAAGAAGAAUCCACCACUGAAGUGGAGGGAGAGCUCUCUCCGCUGGAGUCAAGCCGCAGGUUGGUGGAGACGUGGCGCCUGGCCGGCAAGCUUGUUCCUGAAAACAUUACGGAUGAGCAGCUGGAGACGCUGGCUGAGCUGACCACCAAGUCAUCCAAGAAGAAGUUCCUCAAGUACCUGGCUAUCAAGGAGGGCCACAAGAAGGCCAACAAAGAGAAGAAGGAGAGGAAGAGGGCUGAGAGAAUGGCAGAAACGAAAGAGGAUCCAGAACUUGCAGAAGGAGAACGUGAGGAGAUGGAUGGAGAGGAGGAAGGAGAACCCAAACUAAAGAACACCUAUCUGAUGCAGUUCUGGUCUCGCUCUAUGGAUAAGCUGUUAGGCUGGAGGGUGGCGCAAGCCAUGCAGUUUGGCCAGCCCCUGGUUUACGACAUGAGCUAUGACCAGCACAUGUCGAGGCAAGAGAUGGAGAACACCGUCUCCCAGCUUCUGGAGACUGAGGGCUGGAAUCGGCGGGCUGUAGAUCCCUUCCACUUGCACUUCUGCAACCUGCAGCCUAACGGCGCCUACCACCGAGAACUUCUCAAGCGCUACAGCCAGGAGACCUGGGAGCGUCUCUUGAUCACUGCCACCAGCCAGCGUCACAUUGACAUUUUCCCCCGCGAGAGCCUCGUCUAUCUCACUGCGGACUCUCCAAAUGUUCUUCGCACUUUCGACUACAGCAAGGUGUACAUUGUGGGAGCCUUGGUGGACCGCUCCAUCCAGACCGGGGUUUCUUUGGCCAACGCCAAGCGCCUAAAGCUGGCCACUGCCCGUUUGCCACUGGACGAGUACCUGCAUUGGGACAGUGGGGCCAAGAACUUGACCCUGGACCAGAUGAUCCGGAUCCUGAUGACGGCCAAGGAGACCGGCAGCUGGGAGAAGGCUCUGGAGUUUGUGCCCAAGAGAAAGCACACUGGUUUCCACCAGCAAAGAAAAAAGGACAAUGUUCAAAGUGCAGCACCAGUUAGAGCCACAAACAGAGAGCUAGAGGCAGAAAUUGGUCAAUUGUUUGUAAGCAAACAGAAAAAGAGAAAUCAAAGGGCAGAAAAAACGCCUUCUGGAUCAGAGCCUGUUUCUGGACAGACCAGGUUAUGGACUGCGCUGAAAACCAAAAUGGAGGAACGCAGUAAAGUAAGGAGUAAAAGAAACUGGUGGGAUGAAGAAUAACCUCAUGACUCAAAAUGUAUAAUGUCAAAGACUUUCUGUCCUCAUCUGUUCAUCCAGAACUAUAACAAAUAAACAGUUACUCAAUGAA